AUGUCUGAAAUCGAAAAGAAAGUCGAAGCGCUUUCUGUCAAGGACAAGAAGCCCAAGAAGGCCGCCAAAAAGUCUGGAGAUGACGCCGCCAAAAGACCGCUCGAGCUGGAUCCGAAGCCGGAGUUUAUUGAGCACAGAAUUAAAAUCUUUGAGAGAAUCAAGGCUAGACAAGAGGCAGAACUCGCAGCCAAGGAGAGACUGCCAAUCAAGGUCACCCUGAAGGAUGGCACGGUCAAGGAGGCCACUUCCUGGGAAACCACGCCGUUCGAUAUCGCCAAGGAGAUCGGCAAGUCGUUCUGCGAAAGACAAGUGAUUUCCAAGGUCAACGGCGAGCUGUGGGACCUGGAGAGACCAUUUGAGACCGACUCUAAGCUGGAGUUUUUUGACUUCGACUCCCCAGAGGGAAAACAGGUUUUUUGGCAUUCUUCCGCCCAUAUUUUGGGAGAGGGCUGCGAAAAUCACUACGGUGCUCACCUGUGUUUUGGUCCUCCCACUGAAGACGGAUUUUUCUACGACAUGGCCAUUGAUGAGGGAGAUUACAAAGUGUCUCAGAACGAUUUCAGCGACAUUGAAACUCUGUGUUCCAGGGCCAUUAAGGAGAAACAGCCGUUUGAGAGACUUGUCAUGACCAAAGACGAGCUUUUGGAAAUGUUCAGCUACAACAAGUACAAGGUCGCGCUGAUCAAGAGCAAGAUCCCAGAUGGCACCUCGUCUACGGUCUACAGAUGCGGUCCGUUGAUCGAUUUGUGCAGAGGCCCCCACGUUCCUCACACCGGAAGAGUUAAGGCGUUCAAGGUGCUCAAGAACUCCUCGUCCUACUUCCUUGGAGACUCCAACAACGACUCUUUGCAGAGAGUGUACGGUGUUUCUUUCCCAGACAAGGCUCUAAUGAAGGAGCAUCUCAAGUUUUUGGAGGAAGCUGCUGCUAGAGACCAUAGAAAGAUCGGAAGAGAGCAGGACUUAUUCUUCUUCCACGAAAUGUCGCCAGGUUCGUGUUUCUGGCUGCCUCACGGUGCCAGAAUUUACAACGGCCUGUGCGAUCUUCUGAGAGCUCAGUACAGAAAGAGAGGCUACGAGGAGGUUAUCACUCCAAACAUGUACAACUCCAAACUCUGGGAGACCUCUGGUCACUGGGCCAACUACAAGGAAAACAUGUUCACAUUUGAAGUCGAAAAGGAUACUUUCGGUCUCAAGCCAAUGAACUGUCCUGGCCACUGUCUGAUGUUCAAGUCCAGAGAGAGAUCGUACAGAGAGUUGCCGUGGAGAGUGGCCGAUUUCGGUGUGAUUCACAGAAACGAAUUUUCCGGUGCUCUUUCCGGGCUGACCAGAGUCAGAAGAUUCCAACAAGACGACGCGCACAUUUUCUGUACCCAGGACCAGAUUGAGGACGAGAUCUCGGGCGUUUUCGAUUUCUUGCAGCACAUCUACGGUAUAUUCGGAUUUGAGUUCAAGAUGGAGCUGUCUACAAGGCCAGAGAAGUACGUGGGGGAUAUUGAGACCUGGAACAACGCAGAGGCAAAGCUGGAGAGCGCUUUGAACAAGUGGGGCGGCAAAUGGGAGCUGAACCCUGGAGACGGUGCGUUCUACGGUCCGAAGAUCGAUAUCAUGAUCUCGGAUGCCUUAAGAAGAUGGCAUCAAUGUGCCACUAUCCAGCUCGACUUCCAGCUGCCAAACAGAUUCGAGCUUGAGUUUAGAGGCAAGGACGACUCUGCCGAGGUCCAGCGUCCGGUGAUGAUCCACAGAGCCAUCUUGGGAUCCAUCGAGAGAAUGACUGCCAUCCUGACUGAGCAUUUUGCCGGUAAGUGGCCGUUCUGGCUGUCUCCUAGACAGAUACUGGUGGUUCCUGUUGGUGUCAGGUACUUCGACUAUGCUCAGGAGGUGCAGAAGCUGCUGCAGACCGAAGGGUUUUAUGCAGACGUGGAUCUUUCCGGCAACACUUUGCAGAAAAAGGUGAGAACUGGCCAGACGCAAAAGUACAAUUUCAUCUUCAUCGUUGGUGAGCAGGAGCAGAACGAGAAGGCCGUCAACAUUAGAAACAGAGACAUCCUGGAGUUACAGAGCAAAAACGACAUGAUCAAGCUCCACGACGUGCUUCCUAAGUUGCAUGCUCUUAGAGACGAAAAGAGAAAUGAUAAUGCUCUAUAG